CGCCCGGGCCCCUCCAGAACGGCGUUCUCAGGUGCAAGGCGAUAAUGCAAAGUGCUCUGUUCCUGGCUGUCCAGCACGACUGCGGACCCAUGGACAAAAACGCUGGCACCGGGCCCAAGAACGAGGAGAAGCGAGAGAAGAUGAAGCGAACCCUAUUAAAAGAUUGGAAGAGCCGUUUGAGUUACUUCUUGCAAAAUUCCUCCUCUCCUGGGAAGCCCAAAACUGGCAAGAAAAGCAAACAGCAAACCUUCAUCAAGCCUUCUCCAGAGGAAGCCCAGCUGUGGUCAGAAGCAUUUGAUGAGCUGCUAGCCAGUAAAUAUGGUCUUGCUGCAUUCAGGGCUUUUUUAAAAUCUGAAUUCUGUGAAGAAAAUAUUGAAUUCUGGCUGGCCUGUGAAGACUUCAAAAAAACCAAGUCACCCCAAAAGCUGUCCUCAAAAGCAAAGAAAAUAUAUACUGACUUCAUAGAAAAAGAAGCUCCAAAAGAGAUCAACAUAGACUUUCAAACCAAAACUCUGAUUGCCCAAAACAUACAGGAGGCUACCAGUGGCUGCUUCACAACUGCCCAGAAAAGGGUGUACAGCUUGAUGGAGAACAACUCUUAUCCACGUUUCUUGGAGUCAGAAUUCUACCAGGACUUGUGUAAAAAGCCGCAGAUCACCACAGAACCCCAUGCUACAUGAGAUGAAAAUGGGAGCCCAGAAACGGAGGACAUUUCAUUUUUUUCCUAAGGGGAAAGGCUGUCACCUGCCGAAAAGACUUGACCUUGAAUUCAGCCUGGGUGUUCAGGAAACAUCACUCAGAACUAUUGAUUCAGAGCUGGGUAGUGAAUCAGGAAGCCGGUCGCCACGUAGGAGAAGCUGGUACUGGGACAGAGUCCGUAACUGAUGGAGCACAAGAGAGAGAGUUUGGUCUAAAUGUGGUGUGUCUCACACUGCAAAAGCAGAAGCUUGAGACUGAAAGAUAGCGAAGUAACACUAUUGGUCCAGAAGCAUUUACAAUCAAUAGGUCUGGGAUUAUGUGGCCUUAGCUAGCUGGCUGUACAUCUUUCCCUAAAUCAGUCCUUGUUACCACAUAGUGGUUUAGAUGUAGUUUCUUUAGUUUUAGGUAAUAUAUGUUUACUAUGUGCAAGGGUAUUGAAGUUCCUAUGACUACAGAUCAUUAGUACUGUUGUCUCACAUAACUCUAAAACUGAAACGACCUGUGUUUGAACUGUCAAUUGCUGUCUGUACUAGAAUGAGUGCUUCUGUGUAGAAAAUGACAAUGUCCAUUAUGAGUGCCAAAAACUGUCCUGAUGGCAGCUAAACUUUGAAGUGGUCUUUGAAUACUUUUAAUAAAUUUAUUUUGAUAAAUAAUA